AUGCGACACCCGCACUUAGAUGGAGGGCAAUCGCCAGUCCAGAAUGACAAGGCGGCGUGUUUCUCCGCUCUUGUACGAUGUAGUGUCGAGGAGGCAGAACAAUGGCUCUCUCGCAGCUGCGGCUCCAUGGAAGCAGCUUUGGAUGAAUAUCUCACCAGACAGAGAUCUUUGAAGCGACAGAAGGCAUCUUCAGACUCACCACGCCCAGAGGGCCUCCCAGAGUUUGCGUCGCGAAGAGAUGAACAUAUCACCCAGAAUCAAUUAAAGGCCGGGACGCCGAAAGCUGAAGCCUUUAGUAAGAGAAAUAUGAACUCGGCUUUGAGAAACGGAGCUGCAUCAAGUCCUGAAGCAGCUACUCGAAGCCAAGUAGUUGUGAUAGACCUAGCCAAUGAAACGGAAGAUGAGGAUGCAACAGCAGCUGAUGAACCUCUCAGAUGCAGUCCGAGCGCCUCGCCUGGCAAGUCGGAGAGGAAAAACUACGACAUUGCUAACUUGGCACCGUCUGUUUCCUUCAAUGAGCAUCUCGCCCCUGAUGUUAACAGUCUUCCUAGCGAUUUUUCGUUCUUUUUGGGGGAAUGUGUGGCGAGCGGCACAGUCACGAGUGGCACAAUCAGCAAGCUGAGCCUCACAGACCCCUUGAGUUUGAUGGUGGAGAUGCGACUGCCACAUACACAAAAAGUGGGGGCGCAACAAGCCUUCCGCAAGGUCAAAGCAUCGAAUAGAGGCUACAGAAUUGUAUAUAUACACCUUGACGACCCGGUCCUCCUGGAACACCAGAAACAUCUGGUACAGCCGGAACUCCGCGCUCGAGACCCCCGGGUGUACCCACACACGGGAGCCCUUCCAUCAGAUGCAUUGCAGGGACUUACAGGAGGAUCAGGCUCUCGGGUAUGUAGCCCGCUUGUGGGGCUAGAUUUUCAUAAUCUGUUGUCUAGUAUAUCUGAGCAGACGACUUUCCUGCGCCUUCUGAUCGACGGGCGGGAGGCUGCACGUUUUGACCGAGAAGUGGCCAGCUCCUUGGCCGCUUUGUUAUUAGUGGGAGCCGUAAAAGCCAAUGUGUGCUGGCUGCCAGACAGACUUCCUCCCCGCCGCCUCGCAGUUAACAGCAGUAUUGCUGUUCGAAUGACUGUGCAGAUGACCGUGCAGGCACUACGUCUGAGUGCGCUUAUGCAAAGAGGAGAUUCAUGCCUAAAUCAAGUUCUCUUCCCAGCUCUUAUGGGACAGGCACUUUCGGCACUCAUACGACUUGUGGACUUGCAGCCUGUAGGCGCCUCUCCAACACCUCGAGAAAAUGAAACAAAGGCAACUGUUGGUCCUACCGAAGACAUGAAGCUCAGCGCGAUUCUGGGAGAUAUCAGAGCACGCAGGAGAACCCGAGAACCUUGCCAAGGCGAAAGCGACACAGAAGAAGCAACAGAAAGCUGUAUGGAAAAUACCUCCUAUGCAGCUGCGCAGGCGGAAGAGGGAUGCGAGCAGAGCCAUCAGGGCAUCAUGCUUGACAGUGAUGACGAUGAAGCUGCGGAGAAAAGCGGUGUCCUCUGCCAGUUGGUUUUGGGAGAGGGGGCCGUGGAAGAUCACAAGCACCGUGAGAGAAAGCGUAUACCCUGUCUGGGUGCUCUGUACCCUCCAGCGAGUGUUUUUGUUUCCCGUCUUCGCCCAUAUCAAGCCCAGGGCCUUUGGUGGAUGCUGCGGUGCGAAUCUGAGCAAAGCAUCGACCUGGAAGAUUCACAGGAAGAGCUUGACCCUCUGUGGAGGAAGUACAUCCUUCCUUCCCGUACCGCCCAUCAGCUUGCCGAUGACUCAGUACAAUGUGACCACCCGUUGCCCAUGGUAACUACACGGCUCUCGAAAACUGCGGCUGUGUUCGUUCCGCGGUAUCUUUACGUGAACACAAGCUCAGGCCUUGUUUCAAUAGAGAAACCCAACACGACGGGUCGAGUGAAAGGUGGUAUCCUAGCUGAUUGCAUGGGCUUAGGAAAGACUGUGCAGGUCCUUGCCCUCAUUGCCGUCAGCUUGUUUCAAGAGAGAGACCCUAGGGGUGCUGCUGCAUGGUUAGCAACAUCAACAUGCAAUGCACGUGAAGAGGAAAGGCCGUCUUCGAAAUCAGGCCAUGCAAAUCCCGUGAGAAGCCCAAUUGAGCCCUCAGAAAUUCAAACUGCGGGAUCAGAUACAUCUCCAGCGUCGCCGCCUUUAGUGUGCAACGACUCCUUGGUCACUCCAUCACCGGUCUCUGUAAGUUCUGACGGAGACAUUGGAGGCAACAGUACAGAUGAGCCUGCUACAAAGUUGAAGCGAAACAGUUUGCUGGCUCCGAAUCCUCUAGUUUUGCAGCGCACGCUGAGGCGAGAUAAAGAAAAACUGCUGCAGGGAGGGACGCUCAUAGUCGUGCCUUUGUCGCUUAUUGGGCAAUGGCAUUCAGAGGUGGAGAGGCACCUGGCAAGAGGAGUGGCGACAGUGUUGCAGUACUACGGCCCAGCUCGUCCACGCGAUCCGAAAGUGCUUGCUGCACACACAAUUGUUCUGACCAGCUACCAGACAUUGGCUUCGGACUUUCGUCACCUAGCGAAACGCGCGUUUGUAGAGAUGGCAGAUAGGGAUGGUGGUCCACAGGCAGCUUUGAAAUCGGAUUCAGGAUGCGUUGCAGCGAGCCCCAUAGCAAGCAUCCGUUUUCGGCGGGUGAUUCUGGACGAGGGUCACGCGAUAAAGAACACGGCUUCUCUGGUCAACCGUGCAUGCAAUGCUGUCAAGGCGGAUUCACGUUGGAUACUUACCGGGACACCACUGCAAAAUGAUCUUUGGGACGCUUUUGCCCUCGUUCAGUUCCUCCGUGUUUCUCCUAUGGGCGACCGGCGUUGGUGGGAGGCGAAAGUGACUCAACCAAUGGAAAAAGGGAUGGUGCGAGCGGCAAUUGAUACAGUGCGCAGCACCUUAGUUCCUUUGAUGCUCCGACGGCAAGGAGAUCAGGCAGGGGAAGAUGGGAAACCACUUUUACCGCUCCCUCCGCUUACGGUUCAUACAUUUAAACUGCAACUUACCUAUGAAGAGCGUCUUUUUUACCAGACUGUUUUCGAAGACACGAAGGCAAAGUUUGAUCAGCUUGUGCAGAGUGGACAAGUCCUGCAGCAUUACACGCAUGUCCUCCAAUUCCUCCUAAGACUGCGCCAGGCAUGCAAUCAUCCGUUGCUUCCAUCUUAUCGUGAAGAACAACGACGCCAGCAGUUUAUUGACACGGUACUCCCCGUUCAAGGAACUUCGGCAUACCGCAGCAAAGACACUUUAACCGGACAGCCUCACAUACCUUCGUCCUCCUAUUCUUGUUCUGAUCCGGUUUUAAGGAGGUACAUUCAAGAUGCCUUGGACGGCAAACUGGAAAAUUGUCCGGUCUGCCAUGAGCCGCCACGCGACGCAGUGGUGCUAACAACAUGCUGGCAUUUGCUAUGUGUCAGCUGUCUGUCACUGCUGGAGAAAAGCAGCGACGGCACACCAGCUGCGUGCCCAACAUGCAACAAGAAGUUUCUUAAUCAGAACAUCCGGCUGCUGCCAGCAGGGUCAAAUGCCACUGUACAGAGGUGGAAGCAGGUCGUCCUAAGGAAGCAUCGUGAGUUGAUCGCAGCUGCUGAAGCUAAAAAGGUACCUAAAAACGACAGGAAGGAAGUUCAAUCAUCAGACGGGUCACAUCUGAAACGGGGAAUGUGUUUAGCACGUACUGCGUCUGGAGCGUUCCCUGUGGAAAGCCUGGACACGGCUUCAAAGGCACUUCGUGGAAAACCUGAAGAGCUUUUUCAGGAUGUCCCUGACGAUGCCUUCUUCUUUAGCACAAAAAUACGGCUGCUUCUAGCGCUGCUUGAGGCUGAUGUUGCGGCGGGAAGGUCCUGCGUCAUUUUUUCUCAGUGGACAUCAAUGCUUGACCUCCUAGAGAUGGCAUUUGCACGUGCAGAGGCCGUUCGCGCCAUUUCGCAAACUCAUUUGUCGAAUACCACAACAGAGGUGGACGCGGAUGAUGAUGUUAUUGAGAUGGGUGUCACCUUCACGAGGACAGGGCCAGCAAAAACCGAAAUUGGCGGCCUCCACACUAAGAAAGAAGGCGCACGUUUGGGAUGCAAGCCUGAAGCUAGACGAAAUGUUUCAGCCAACCGGUUGUACAACUACCGUCGAAUUGAUGGAACACUAGGCCUGGAGGCAAGACAGCGCGCAGUCAAGUGGUUCUUAGGUGGUGAGUCACCUCUGGGGACUACUGAGGACACGUCUACUGCAGAUUUAACCGAGACUGAAGAGGGACCGUUUAUGGGUCAAUGCAGUCUGAAGCCCUUCAAUUGCAUGAACGGCUCAGCUGAGGCUUCACUUCGCGUAGCCACUCCUGCGUCAUCCCGACGUGGCACUGAGAGAGCCUUGGGAGCCCAGACUGAUUCUUCUUCCCCUCCAGGGCACGGAAAGAUACUCUUGUUGUCUUUAAAGACAGGAAACGUAGGACUUAACCUUGUCAAAGCAACUCGCUGCUACAUUGUCGAUGGUUGGUGGAAUCCUCAAGUGGAAAAACAGGCAAUGCGGCGCCUCUGGCGAACCGUCCACGACUUGUUUCCUGUACUGGACAGACCUCCUGCUGCACAUGAAUUCGUUGUUUAA